AUGUCAUUUCGAGCGCGAUUCGAUUCCAUCGCGGUUUUCUUUACCGAAAGCAAAAGGCAGCGCCCCGCUUCAUCGCUUCCUAAGAAGAAGCCUCCAAGGCGAUACAAGCCCCAGACCUUCUCCUCCCGAGAGAUCAGGAACGCGAAGAGAGGAAAGCGUCCGGAGGGGCCGCCGCCGUCAGCAAAAGCAAGUCCUUCCAGAAUCGCAAAGGGAAGACAUGUACUUGGUCGCCUUGUUCGGAUCGCAACCCGCAACAACAGAGAUACCAAAGACGAUACCGCGCGCGCUCCAGAUUCACCAAUCUUGAUAGAUCAGGCCCUUGCAGAGUCCAGCGCACCCCUCGACAACCCCGACCACGAAAACAACACCAAGGAGACAGAUAAUGCCAGCUCAGACACGGAUGCAGCCGAGGGGAAAGAUGGGAAGGCCAGAACAUCGAUCGUCGCUAAGAUCAUGAACGGAAUCACCUACCUCUCCAGCCGUCGGAGAGCCCAACCUGAGCCGUGUAACCCCCCGACCCUUUGUGAGGAAGAACGUAAAGAGCUUGUUGAGUUCGGCGGACAUAGGGGGAUGUUGUCCGACAGGGCCGAGGAUGCUCCCCAGGGCCCCGGCCCCAGUACUUGGUGGAUAGACCCUGAACUCUGGAACAUACCGAUCUGGACGACUGAUAAGUAG